AUGAGUGACCUAACUUCUUUUACUCCGAUCCCAGAUCCAACAAAGAGAAGGAGUGCUCGAUUUACUGCUGAAGAAGACAAUCUCCUAAAGGAGCUCGUUAAAGAUAAAAAGAAUAAAACUUGGAAAGAAAUUGCUAACUUCCUUCCUGGACGCACUGCUUGCCAAUGCAGAGACAGAUACAAUCAAUAUUUGUUUAAAGAAGUCGUUAACAAACCAUGGAGUAGCGAGGAAGACGAAAUUAUCAUUGAAAAAUACAAAAUUUUUGGACCGCAUUGGGUAAAAAUCUCGCAAUUCCUACCAGGCCGUAGUGGCAACAACAUUAAGAAUCGAUGGAAUAGCGCACUUACAAAAUACCAUGGUAUAUCUCAUCAAGAAUCGAAACAAGAAAGAAGAUCAAAGAGAGUCAAAUGGGGUGAAGAAGAUGGCAAAGUUGACGAAGAGCAAGAGAAACCACAUACACAUUUACCAUUACUUCCGGCCUUUAUUGAGCCGCCAGCAAUAUCAUCAAUGCUCUUUAAGCAAGCUCCGUCAAAACCAAAUGUUCUUGACUUAGAGUUUCCACUCAGUUCAAAGAAAUUAUUCUGUUAA